GUUCUUCUUAUAUUGAAUUCCAUUUGGUCUCUUUAGGGAGUGUUUCUCUCUCUCUCUCUGUGCUCUCUCUCUCUUCCUCUCACCUUGCCUCUGUGCAUUUUCUCUUCGUUCUUUGCCUUCCAUCACCCUCGGCAUUUCCCUUUCCGAAGAUAUUAGAAGAUGGCAGACGCUGAGGAUAUUCAACCUCUUGUUUGUGACAAUGGGACUGGAAUGGUUAAGGCUGGAUUUGCUGGAGAUGAUGCCCCACGUGCUGUGUUUCCCAGCAUUGUAGGUCGUCCUCGUCACACCGGCGUGAUGGUUGGCAUGGGUCAAAAGGAUGCAUAUGUUGGUGAUGAGGCACAGUCUAAGCGUGGUAUUUUGACUCUCAAAUACCCCAUCGAACACGGAAUCGUUAGCAAUUGGGAUGACAUGGAAAAGAUUUGGCAUCAUACCUUCUAUAAUGAGCUUCGUGUUGCCCCAGAAGAACACCCAGUUCUGUUAACUGAGGCUCCUCUUAACCCUAAGGCUAAUCGUGAGAAGAUGACCCAAAUCAUGUUUGAGACUUUUAAUACCCCUGCUAUGUAUGUCGCUAUUCAGGCCGUUCUUUCACUGUACGCUAGUGGUCGUACCACUGGUAUUGUGUUGGAUUCUGGUGAUGGUGUCAGCCACACUGUCCCUAUUUACGAGGGUUAUGCCCUUCCACAUGCCAUCCUUCGUCUUGACCUGGCUGGUCGCGACCUCACCGAUUUCUUGAUGAAGAUUUUGACUGAACGUGGUUAUUCUUUUACCACCUCAGCAGAGCGUGAAAUUGUGAGGGAUGUAAAAGAAAAGCUGGCAUACAUUGCCCUUGAUUACGAGCAAGAGCUGGAGACAGCCAGGACAAGCUCGUCUGUGGAGAAGAGCUACGAAUUGCCUGAUGGACAGGUGAUCACCAUUGGAGACGAGCGUUUCAGAUGUCCAGAGGUCCUGUUCCAACCAUCCAUGAUAGGAAUGGAAGCAGCAGGCAUUCACGAGACCACUUACAACUCCAUCAUGAAGUGCGAUGUUGAUAUCAGGAAAGACCUGUACGGUAACAUCGUCCUUUCAGGAGGAACGACCAUGUUCCCAGGCAUUGCUGAUAGAAUGAGCAAAGAAAUUUCUGCUUUGGCCCCAAGUAGCAUGAAGAUCAAGGUGGUAGCACCACCUGAGAGAAAAUACAGUGUCUGGAUUGGUGGUUCUAUCUUGGCAUCUCUUAGCACCUUCCAGCAGAUGUGGAUUGCAAAGGCAGAAUAUGAUGAAUCUGGUCCAUCAAUUGUGCACAGAAAGUGCUUCUAGACAACAAGUGCUACUGUUUUGAGAAAAUAUGGUUUAUUGAAGGGAAAGACUAGUGUUCAAUGAAAUCCUCCGGAAGCAUUGCAACUAUUGUAACCCCUUUUAUUCAUUAUUAUUUGCUUUUGUUAUCCUUUUUUCCAUCUUAUUAUCUUGUUGGAGUGAUUAUUAUUUUCUGCUGAAGGCGAGGAGUUGUUUUUCAAAAUGAUCCACUUCUUUUCAGUAAUAUAUUUUGAUGAGUUUAUUUUAUUUAUUUAUUUUUGUACUGGUUCAUUCUGCCUACAUUAAUUAACUGGGAUUAUCAAA